AUGGCUGGAAUUGGGAGAGGCGAUGGUCAGGGCCCUGCGGUGGGAAAACUAGAGUCGCAGAUUUAUUGUAUUAAGUACACUUUGUUUUGCUUCAAUGUUGUACUAUGGUUAUUCGGUGUAUCAGUUUUCGCGCUCUGCCUCUGGAUAUGCAUCGAGCCAGGAUUCAACGAAUGGAUGAGUAUAUUAGAACUGCAGCAAUAUUUCAUUGGUAUCUACAUCAUUCUGAUUGGGUCCAUCGGCAUCAUGAUCGUGGCAUUCCUGGGUUGCGGGUCGGCUUUGAUGGAAAAUGUCUUCCUUCUAUUCGUCUUUAUAGCUUCACAAAUUGCUUCAUUCGUAUUCGGACUCGUCGGAGCUUGCGUCGUUCUGGACUUCUCGACUUACGACUCCAGCAUCCAACCGCUUAUUAGAAACGUUAUCUACAGACUCAUCAACAACCCUCAACACGAGGGCAGCAGGGAGAUACUAAGAAUGGUGCAGGAGGGGAUCGGCUGUUGUGGUGCUGAUGGACCCAUGGAUUAUAUUAACCUAAACAAGCCUCUGCCUUCUGAAUGCCGCGACUCAGUAACAGGGAACGCUUAUUUCCACGGCUGUGUGGACGAACUGACGUGGUUCCUUGAGGCCAAGACUGGUUGGCUUGCUGGUAUUGUGCUGGCGUCUUGUAUGAUCUGUGUUAUAAAUGCUGUCAUGUCUUUAGUUCUAAUUCAAGCGGUAAGGAAAGAAGAAGAGGAAUCGAUUGCAUACAAAAAUUAA